GACAGAAUCUUCGAUCCCGGAUGGAGAGGGAUACCGAGAAGGAAGAAUUCGGUGAACGGAUCUCGUUCGCUUUUGUCCUUCGACUGAGGAUACCCCUGGUUCCUGGUUCAAAGUCAUCGUACUCGACUUCUUCUUGUCUCGGCAACGUAUAUAAGUCAAAUCGAGAUCGAAAGCAAGGUGCAUAAUCCGAACAGUCCUUCGUCGAAGAAGGAGGUUGGAAGAGAAGCCGAUUUUGUUACAAGAUGCAGCCAAUGAUAGUACUUCUGGCGAUUCUGAGCGUGGCCUCGUGCUCGCAGCUGACUCUAGUGCCGUACGCCUAUCUGGCGGAUCCACUUCCGGUGUACCAUCAGUCUCAGGACACGAGAACCGGGGAGCAUGCGUACAGUUACUCCGGUGGACCCUCGGCAAAGGAGGAAGUCAAAGGUCCCGAUGGAGUCACGAGAGGAUCUUACAGCUACGUCGACGCUCACGGUAUCUUACAGUCAGUUUUCUACGUCGCCGACGAGGGUGGCUUCCGGGUUGCGGCGACGAAUCUACCGACGGAUAGCGAUCUGCCCGUUGAAACGGCUGAGAUUCUUUUAGCUAAGAGGGCACUAUUCGAGGAACAGGCAAGAGCCACGUCGUCGGAGCAAUCUUCGAGCGCUCGUCGAAAGCGUAGCUUAACCGAAGAGACGAGAAAAGAACAUCGAGAAGAAGAUUCGAAGAGCAACAAGCAAGAGGAUUAUUCGAACGAUAAACCCUACGGAGCGUUGGCAACUUUUCUACUUCCAGGAUCUUUAGCAACGGCAACGUCUCAUCAGAGUCAAGUUAGGAUUCAUCAGGACGUUCGUACGGAAGGUGUCGAUCCGAUUGCCAAUGCAGUCACCGUCGAGGCUGCUGCCCCCGUUUUACCUCUUAUCGAUCCCAUUAAAUCGGAGGUGAUCAAAACUCCAUUGAUCAUAUCCGAUGGAUCGGUAGCCUUGCUAACCGAUAACGAUUAUCAUCAAAAUCGUAUAAAGAUCCAUAGAAAUCUCGGAUUGGAGGGAGAGGAGCGACGCAAGGACGCUGUCAAGAUCGAAACGCCGGUACUCGCUGAAGUUCGUCCGCUCGUUUCCGAGCCGGUCGCGAUCCUGGAGCAUCGACCUUCCCUUCUCACGGCCGUUUCCUCUCAAAGCGUCACGCAGAUUCACCUAAGUGACAAGCACGAGAUUCCAAGUAUUUACGAGUUGCCCGCCCUUUAUCAUGCGAUCCCUAUCGCGAGAUCAUCGCAAUAUCGUACGCAGAUUCAUUCGAGUCAAAGAAUCGAAAGCGCCAACGAUUCGGAGAAUUUACGAGACGAUAUCAAUAAAGAGAACAGUCAAGACGAAGCAAUAGGAUCCUCGAUCGUCACGAUCCUGUUCAGCGUAUUGCUCGGUUCUUCCUUAAGCAGUCCAAUAGCAAACGUUUGGGUUAGUCCCAUAGGAAGCAUCUCGCCGUUACGACAAUAUCACGUGCAAGAUGGAUCGGGAUCCUAUCGAUAUUCAUUCACGGGACCGCAUCACGCUAAGACUGAGUCUAAUCUGAAUGGAGUCACUCAGGGUGGUUAUUCCUACAUAGACGCUAACGGAAUUCUACAAACCGUCUCGUAUACCGCGGACGAUCAAAAUGGCUUUAGAGUUAGCGCGAGUAAUCUUCCUGAAGCGGCCAAGAACGAGCAUGAUCAGAUCGAAGACACCCCGGAAGUAGCAGCAGCCAAGCGAAAUCACUUAGAGGAAUUGCAGAAAUCGCAGCUGGCCGAUCGACCGAACUGGAACGAUCAGAAUAUUCUAUCCUAUAAGAUCUUACCUCCGUAUGUCAGUUAUGCACAGUUACAACCGUCCGAGAGUAAAAUCGUAGAACGAGAGAUUCAGAGCACGAAAAAUCCAUUCCUAUUGUCUCAAGCGGAAGCCGACAAUAUUCAAGUUCCGAAGCCGGAUCCAACGCUCUCUCAAGCGUCUCCAAGCUCAUUGAACGUUCGGGACACCUCGGCGAAGGACGAAGGACAAUCCGAAUCGGAUAAUCCGAAUGCAUUGGAGAUCGGAAAAUUCCUACAAAUGCCAAACGUUCAUAGGACCGUGGCAUUGCCUGCCCCAUACGUAUUCCCCGUUUUACCAUACAGAUUACUUCACAGCUCGCUUCAUCAUACUCAGGAUUCUUUGGGGCAAUACGAUUACAGUUACACCGGCGAUUCCAGUGCAAAAACGGAGUCAAGAUCCUUGGACGGAACUACGAGGGGUGCUUACAGUUACAUAGAUCCCAAUGGUAUUUUGCAACAAGUCCAUUACGUUGCCGAUCAUAAUGGGUUUAGAGUGCUUGCUACGAAUCUACCGGAAGCGAAAUAACUAAGUCCAUAGAGAUAUUGUUUUCUUUUUCACGAGCGAAAAGUUAAAAAGAAUGGAUAGAGAAAAGGAUAGAUAAGUAAAUAAAUGAAAUGAAAAAGAUCUACUCUCUACGGAAAAUCUAAUAAUACUUGUUUAGAAUUUCAAAUAGAAUGCACAACGUUGAAGGUUACCCCUUUUACUCUCGGUACUCCGAUUUUUUACUGCCAUAAAAGCCGAUUGUAUAAGUGAUCAGUAUCGCAUCGUAUCACGGUGUAACGGUGAUCUUAUAAUUCGACGAAAUCAUUAUUGUAAUUAAUUUUGGAAUUAAUGAUAAACUAUGUUUAAGAAUAAUUUUUACUUUAGCAAAUAUAUACAUAUGUUCGAAACUAUGUCCUCGAACGAUGUUUCUUUCACUCUGUCUUCCUUCUAAUAAUAAGUCUUUUUUUCCGAAGGGGAAGAAAAAGGAAAAAAAAAAAAAAAAGAAAAGAUAAAAGGGAUCAUUGAACGAAAUCCGAAUACGAUGACUAAAAGCGGGCUAAACCCUUUUUCGUCAUAUCGAAUCUAUCGCCCGAAGUGAAAUAAGCACGAUGUAAUGUUUCGCACAUUUCACAGAACAAUAUGGAUAAUUAUUGCCAUCGUUGGACAUUGAAAUAACAUGGAAAUGCCAGGCACCAAAGCGAACGCGUAGCCGCUGGCGAUAACGAGAUGGAACACUCUCGGAAAUAGUUUAACAUUAUCGAUCUGUCUCUCUCUCUCUCUCUCUCUCUCUCUCUCUCUCCCUCCCUCCCUCUCUUCCCCGCUUCACGGUGGAAAUACUGCAGGUGUCGUUAUAAACGAUUAAAUCGAAAACAGCUUGAUUCCUUGAAAACAAACAAAAUUAUUAAAAAUAAAUCGAAACGAAAGGUUGAACGAUCUUUUAAAUCUUGAACCCGUAACAAUUUUACUUUCAUUAUUUUCGGAGUAAUCAAUCUGUUUGAUAUUCUGCUCAGUGACGUUAUUAUGAUAUCGAAAGCUACAGGUGAAACACAGGAAAGAGAAUCAAAUUCAAUUGAACGACGUCAACGCGUCAAGCGCACCUGUCGAAAUGUAAUAAACACACACUUACAUGUUUCUGCAUAUAUAUCCGUAAUAUUUCCAUUUGCAUUAUGUAACGUUGGCGUGUAUUUUUGUGUGCAUUUUUAGAUUAUUUCUCAUAGACGUUAAAUUAGACGUUAUAAUCAAAGAUAUUAAUGAAUCAUUAAGAUUUUGUCGAGUCGCUGAUAAACACUCCAAACACGUUUCAGCGUCAUAGCCAUUUUUGCUCCAUUUUUCAUCUGUCCCAUUUGACAUUUUGUAUGCAUUUAAUAAAUAUGCCAGUAAGUAUCAUAUCUAUGGUAUACGGGACGCGUUAAAUAUCGAUCUGUCGCUUUUUAAUCGUUACUCUCAUAUGUUACAAAUACGUGAAUAUAUACGUACCUUGAUCUCCCUCGUGACGACUUACGGAGAAAAUUAAAAAGAGAAA